AGGGCUCUCUCUCCCCUGCUCUGAAGUUUAAUGUUUAACUUGUAGGAGGGAGGAAAUAGGAGAAAAUCAGUGCCUGCUGACAGGGUGCAGCUUGAAGCAUGGCCCAAGCAAAGGAGUAAAUCCAAUACUUUCUGGAUAAAGACUUCGGAUGGCCGAUGGUUCAAAACUCAGACUUCAGGCCAGUAAUGGGUAGUCCUGCCACUUUGAGGCGUGUGUUUCAAAGAAGCUAAAACGAGGAAGAAACUUUCUGGUAUGUCUAAUGGGAUCCUAAUUAUUCUUCUGUGAUAUGGUUUAUCUGGGCAACCAAGAGGUCUGUGGUGAGAAAGUUGUUGUGUCGCAACAACCAAGUUAAUCUAGUUUUAGAGUCAAUCACAGUUUUCGACGAGGGAGUCAGAAAUAUAAUAUUUGAUCUCUGAAAAAUAAAUCUCUCCCUGGCUGUUUGGAUUUCCUCUGGGCUCUAUUACAGACCCUGCCCUGCUGAAGUGAUACGCUAGGAAAAAAUCAAUAUCUGGAGAUCGAAACUCAGUAACCAUGAAUGUGGGGGAGGCCGAGAUAGCCGAGGAGAAAGACUGGAAGGAGCUGGAGCCCAACUAUGCCAUCAAAGUCUUCCUCACUGUCCUGUACAGCCUCAUCCUGCUCACAGGCAUCGUGGGUAAUGGUGUCACCAUUCGGGUGACGCAGGUGCUGCGGCAGAAUGGCUACCUGCAGAAGUACGUGACGGACCACAUGGUGAGCCUGGCAUGUUCUGACCUUCUGGUCCUCCUCAUAGGAAUGCCCGUAGAGCUCUACAGCGCCACGUGGUUCCCCUUCACCUCAGCCUCGGGUGACGCUUCCUGCAAGAUCUACAACUUCCUGUUCGAGGCCUGCAGUUAUGCCACCAUCUUGAAUGUGGCAACGCUCAGCUUCGAACGCUACAUGGCCAUUUGCCACCCGUUCCGCUUCAAGGCCCUGGCCAGAGAGCGAACAACGGGGAGUCUCAUCGCUCUCGCCUGGGUCACGUCCGUGUUCAUAGCCCUCCCGCUGCUGUUCACCACGGGAAUGGAGGGCUAUGUCCCAGAGCGAGCCAUCAGGCCGGUCCAGAACCUGACGUUCUGCACCAAUCUGAGCGAGCAGUGGGGGAUGUACAGGGCCAGUAUCUUUGUGGCGUUCAUUGUGUACAUGGUGGUGCUAGUCAGCGUGGGGGUCAUGUGUCGGGCCAUGAUCCUGGUCCUUCAGAAAACCAUGGGGCCCACAGGAGGAGGGGUCAACGGAGUAGAGGACAAGCCAAAACACGAGAGUGCCAGGGUCAAAGCCGCCAAGAAGCAAACCAUCCUUUUUCUAGGUUUAAUCGUGGGCUCCCUUACCGUGUGCUGGCUGCCCAACCAGGUGCGUCGCCUGAUGACCGCCGCCGUGCCCAAGUCCAGCUGGACCAUGUCCUACUUCCGCAACUAUGUGGUGCUGCACCCUGUGGCCGACACCUUCUUCUACCUUAGUUCCGUGCUCAACCCCUUCCUGUACAACCUCUCUUCCCUCCAGUUCCGACAGGUCUUCGUCCAGGUGCUACGCUGCCGCCUCACCAUCGAGCACAUCAACAAACGGACUCUGAGGAACACCAAGGCCAACUCGGCCCGCUCACUGCGGCCCCUGCUAAAGUCACUGCGUCGUUACGGUGGCAACAGGUCUACUCAGACUCAGAGCGAGGAGUUCAAGAUGCCUACGUUCACUACCUUCCAUAGUCCUAAGGACAGUCCCGCUCCCAGCCCUGAGGAGGCCCUCCCCACAACCGAUGAAUCAUUUUCGAUUUCGGUGCGAAAGGGAAACGACCCUGAAGAGACAGAAAUAUAAGUUUAUUAAAAUACAUGUAUGACAGAGUUGUCUUGACUUAUGCUCUAACAUGCUUCUUGGCUGAGGUUAUGAAGUAGGAUUAACGUGGUGAGUCAAUACAGUCCAGAAUGACUUCUAGGUGACUUCGAAAGAUGAACCAAAGGAGAGCAUAUUGGCUGUGUUCAGUAUUACACUAUUCAAUCAAUCAGAGAAGGAUACAGGGUGUCAUCCAACACAGACUUGAACAAUCUGUGACAAGCUGAUUUGUCAAAGAGGUGGCUCUACAGACAGAAUACGUGAGGAGUCUAACAUACAGUAAUACAUCCAGUCAAAGCACAGUCAGGACAUUUUUACCAAUUUCAUCUCAUACUGUACAUUGUAAUAGCGGGAACAUUGGAAAAGCUUUGUAUUUGAUCAGUGUUAAUUACAGUGAUUUGUUUCUGUUACAUGAGAGUACACUUUUCUUGGCCAUGCUGUAACUCCUAUUAUCACAUUCACUUAAGAUGCCACUGAAAAAUAAGUUCAACAUUGUUCAUCAUGACCUGGCGUCUGCAUUGUACAUUGUGUCCAAAGUAUACUUUUCCAUUGAUUUGUAUGGCAUCCAUAUCUGACCACUGACAGUUGGCCACUUUCUAAAUUAGAUGCAGUGCAUAUGAUUUGAUCUCAAGACAAAUGUAAUUUAUGUUUCAUCACUACAGUAUCUGCAUCAUUAUUUUAAUAUUAAAAAUGGUCAGUUA